AUGACCUUCUCCGAGCUCCUGGACCGCGUGGGUGGAGUUGGCCCCUUCCAGCUCCUACACCUGACCCUGAUUGGGCUCCCUGUCCUGGGCAUGGCCAACCACAAUCUGCUUCAGAUCUUCACAGCUAUCACCCCCGUCCACCACUGCCGCCCACCCCCCAAUGCCUCUGCAGGGCCCUGGGUGCUCCCCACGGGCCCAGACGGGAAGCCUGAGAAAUGCCUCCGUUUCAUACAUCCACCCAACGCCAGCCUGCCCAACGGCACCCAGGGGGCCACGGAGCCAUGCCUAGAUGGCUGGACCUACAUCAGCUCCAGGGACUCCAUUGUGUCAGAGUGGGACUUGGUAUGCGACUCCUACAAACUGAAGGAGUUGGCCCAGUCUAUCUUCAUGGCGGGUGUGCUGAUUGGCGGGAUCGUGUUCGGAAACCUGUCGGACAGGUUUGGCCGCAAGACGAUCCUAUCCUGGAGCUACCUGCUGCUCGCGGCCAGUGGCUCCUCUGCCGCCUUCAGCCCCAACUUCCACACCUACUUGGUCUUCCGCUUCCUGACUGGCUGCAGCAUGUCAGGCAUUACCCUGAGCACGGUGAUCCUGAAUGUCGAGUGGGUGCCCACCCGGGUACGGGCCAUUCAGUCGACAGCAGUUGGCUACUGCUACACCAUUGGCCAGUUCGUUCUGCCCGGCCUGGCCUAUGCCAUCCCCCAGUGGCGCUGGCUACAGUUAACUGCGUCUGUUCCCUACUUCAUCGUCUUCCUGUGGUCCUGGUGGGUAGCAGAGUCUGUAAGCUGGAUGGUCCUGUCCGGAAGGUCCUCGAAGGCCCUGAAGACACUCAAGUGGGUGGCUGCUUUCAACGGCAAGAAGGAAGAGGCAGAAAAGCUCACCUUGGAGGAGCUCAAGCUCAACCUGCAGAAGGAGAUCACCUUGGCCAAGGCCAAGUACAGCGUAGUUGAUCUGUUCCGGACGCCCAUCUUGCGCCUCAUGUUGUUCUGUCUUUCCCUGGCCUGGUUUGCCACUGGUUUUGCCUACUACAGUUUGGCCAUGGGUGUGGAAGACUUUGGGGUCGACAUCUACCUCCUCCAGAUCAUCUUUGCAGGUGCUGAUGUCCCAAGCAAGUUCGUCUCCAUCCUCUCCAUGAGCUACCUGGGCCGGCGCAUCACUCAGGCUGCUUCUCUGCUCCUGGCAGGAGGGUCCAUCUUGGCUCUCACCUUAGUGCCCUCGGACCUGCAGACCUUGAAGACAGUGCUUGCUGUGUUUGGGAAGGGGUGCCUGUCCAGCUCCUUCAGCUGCCUCUUCCUCUACACAAGCGAGCUGUACCCCACCGUUAUCCGGCAAACAGGUUUGGGCGUAAGUAACCUGUGGACCCGCGUGGGCAGCAUGGUGGCCCCACUGAUGAAGAUCCUGGCUGAGGUGCAGCCCUUCAUCCCCAAUGUCAUCUACGGGGUCACGGCCCUCCUGGGAGGCAGUGCCGCCCUCUUCCUGCCUGAGACCCUCAAUCGGCACUUGCCAGAGACCCUCGAAGACGUGGAAAACUGGUCCCAGCAGGCCAAGGAGACAGAGAAGGAUCCAGAAGGGGAAAAGGCCUCCCAGAGGAUCCCUCUGCAGCCCUGUGACCCAGGCCUGGUCCCCAGCUGA